AUGUCGGGUCGGGAACACCUCAAGCGGCGCCGUCAUGAGCCACCACACGCCGGCGCGGAGCAAAAGCGAGUCUGUACGAGCAGACCAUCGCCUCCGGAUACGGGCCCUCCAAGCCGGGCACUUCUGAAUCUGUACUACCAACGCGUCACCACUCUACGAGAGUACCUGUUGUCGAGACUCCCGGCAACUUCACGCGCGCGAAAGAAGAAGAUCUCGCGCCUGGGCACGACCACUGCUGUGCUCAGCGAGCGUGAGACCAGAGUAUACCACCUGCUCGAUACGACCCUCGUAGGAUUAUCAGAUAAGCCGUAUGAUCAGUCGGAAGAUCGAUGGCGGGAGUGGGUCACCUAUUCCCAAAAGCAUGAUGGCUCUCACGUCUCCUUGACCGGCGAUCCCGCCUUUUCCCAAUCCGAGAUUGUUGAUUUCACCAUCUGGCUUCUGUUCUCUCGGUCUAACAAAGCCAACGGUAGACCUAGGCAUAUCCUUUGUGACGGCUUUCGGAAAACCACCGGCCUCAACACCGGGAGGCAGACGGGCCGUGCGGGAGAGAGACCGUCCAUUCCGGGACUCUUAUCAGUCUUUCCAAACCAUCAUGUUGAGGCUCUUAAAAGACCGCCAUGGCCUCACUUGUUGGCUCUAUUGGGCCAAGCUGGAGAGAGAAUCAUGAUUGAUCUGCUCGUAGACUGUGCCAUCUUCCAGAGCGUCAACGCUGGACUGAACAACAUGUGGCAGCUGAGUGGGACCCCGCUCUCCGAAUUAGAUCCAUUGCACCUAGAUGCUGCACCCCCUCUCGCCCAGGCUAGUGGGAGCUGCCCCCCAAGUGUCCUCCGGUGA